GAAAGGAGCUUUUAGUAAGGACCCGUUCUAUACCAACAAAAAAAAUUGCCACGCCAACGCCGCUUUGAAUGGUUGAGUCGUGCGUCGGGCGACCAUUGUUUUUAGUGUUGGGUUCUGCUUGUGUUGCUGCUACCAGGGCUAAGCUGUCAAUUCGGUUCCGCUCUAAAGUUUCUUCCGUUUUCUCCCUGCGAGCUAUGGCAAAAACCACACCGUCGCAGUCGCCUUCGCCGCCGACGCCAAAGAAACUGAGGCACGAUAUGGAGUUGUUCGGGGACGUUAGAGUAGACAACUACUACUGGCUCCGUGAUGACUCUCGUUCUAACCCAGAGCUCCUCUCUUACCUCCACGAAGAAAAUGCUUACACAGAUUCUGUAAUGUCUGGGACCAAACAAUUAGAGGAUCAUAUUUAUACCGAGAUAAGAGGAAGAAUUAAAGAAGAUGGCAUAUCUGCACCCAUGCGGAGAGGAUCAUACUUUUACUACAGGAGGAACUUGGAGGGUAAGGAAUAUGUCCAACAUUGUAGAUGCUAUGUGCCUACAAGUGGAGCUCCAACAUCUGUUUAUGAUACGAUGCCAACUGGACCUGAUGCUCCUUCUGAGCAUAUUAUCUUGGAUGAGAAUGUGAAAGCUCUAGAACAUGCAUAUUACAGUAUUGGUGCUUUCAAAGUCAGCCCAAAUAACAAGUUAGUUGCAUAUGCAGAGGACACAAAAGGGGAUGAAAUAUACACUGUUUAUGUUAUUGAUGCAGAGUCUGGAAUGCUGGUUGGGAAACCUCUGGUUGGUGCCAUUACAUCAUAUCUCGAAUGGGCAGGUGAUGACGCAUUGGUUUACAUCACAAUGGAUGAGAUCCUUCGACCAGACAAGGUCUGGUUGCAUGAAUUGGGAACUAACCAGUUAGAUAACUCUUGCCUUUAUCAUGAAAAUGACGAAACAUUUUCUUUGGAUCUUCAAGCAUCUGAGAGCAAGAAAUAUUUAUUUAUUGCAUCUGAGAGUAAAAUUACAAGAUUUGUCUUUUAUCUAGACACUUCAAAACCUGAAAAUGGAUUGGUGGUAUUAACAUCACGUGUGACUGGCAUUGACACAUCAGCUAGUCAUCGUGGAAAUCAUUUCUUCAUCAAGAGGAGAAGUGAUGAAUGUUUCAAUUCAGAAUUACUUGCAUGCCCUGUGGAAAACAUAUCUGCUACCACUGUUCUCCUUCCUCACCGUCCAAGCAUUAAGCUCCAGGACAUACAACUUUUUACCGACCAUCUUGCUGUUCAUGAACGUGAAAAUGGUCUACCCAGAAUUACUGUAUAUCACCUUCCUGCUGUUGGAGAGCCACUAGAAAGACUUCAAGGUGGUCAUGCUGUUGAAUUUGUUGAUCCUGUAUACUCUGUUGAUCCAUUAGAAUCAGAAUUUGAAUCCGGUGUACUCAGGUUUUCCUAUAGCUCAAUGAGAACCCCACCUUCUGUAUAUGAUUAUGAUAUGGACACAGGGGUUUCGGUGCUGAAGAAGAUUGAAACGAUACUGGGAGGAACACAUUUACCAUUCAAGCUACAAACAACCAGUCGGAAUGAGAGAGUUGGGCCCUACGUCCCUCCUGGGAAUAAGGAAUCUUGCAAUAGGGAAGCUGGGGAUAGUAUGUCGCGUGUUGAGGAGGUGAUGCAAAAGAUGUUGGAGAAAUUUGACACUACUGAUCAGAAUCUGAAAGAGACGCGCACUGAGUUGUCCGUAAUUGGCCAGAAAAUUAAUGCCCAUGAAGUGUCCAUAGAGCUACUUGAGCGGCAGUUUAGUCAGUUGUCUGCUAUUGUGAAUACACGCCAACUGGGCAUGCUUCCCAACAACACCAUCCAGAAUCUGAAGAAUGAUGGGCAUUGUAUUGCAUUCACGACUCACGAAGGAAAGCAAAUUAUUGACCCCCCCAUGCCAUCUGAUGUAGAAAGAGUGGUAGAAAUAGAUGGUGAUGAGAUUGAGGUUACCGAAGAGACUAAAAAUGCCAUAGAGAAGGAAGCGGAGAUAGCACAAAAGGUUAUUCCCAUGCCUAGACCUCCACCUCCUUUCCCACAGAGGUUAGUGCAGAAGGCUGAAGAAGGAAAGUACCGCAGGUUCAUAACUAUAUUGAAACAGUUUUCCAUCGAUGUCCUUUUGAUAUAA